CUUCUGUACACCAAAAAGGAAAAAGAAAGAGCCGCUUCUCAAACGUUCAAAAUUUCGAAACCCAAGCCUCUCUCCCUCCUUCCUCUGUUUCCUCAUUCUCCUCCCUCUUUUAUUCUUCACUUCGCCGCCGAUUCGCACCGAUGAUCUCCGAACCGGAAAGUUCUCUCAGAAAGAGAGAUGUCUCUGACCGACGCCUCAGCAUCAUCGACGUUUCCUCUGCAGACGAUUCCCUUCUCGAUUCAAAUCCCCUCAAUCACCAUCCUCUAGAAAACCAACAGCACACUGAUUUUUUAUACACUCCGAACUCCAAAAAGUUUGAGGAUGCCGCCACAAAACUCAAAGAGUGGGAGCGAGAGCCCUGUUCGAACGAAACUUCCGAUGUGGAGAAGCCGAAGAAGAACAGCAAGUGCAACUUGCGCAAGAGUUUAGCUUGGGACAGUGCUUUCUUCACUAGCGCUGGGGUUUUGGAUCCGGAGGAGUUGUCGAGCAUAAUUGAAGGUGUUGAGAAGGAGGAAAAACACGCACUACCGGGAAUUCAAGAGGAUGUGUAUAAAUCAUGUGACUCACUCUCCACAUUAGGGAGUGAGAGCUUGACAUUGGAAAUGGAAAGUCAAGAGGGAGAUUUAUUUGAAGACGUAAGAGCUUCAAUUCAGAAGUCUAGUGACAAGAAGUUAAGCCUCGCUAGUGGAAAGAGCAAAGUAGCAUCAGCGGUAUCGGGGUUGCAAACUGAUGAGGCUUCAAAAAGGAUUCACAUAGCUUCUCGCAACAAGAUAAAGGCUCCACCUACUUCUAAAAAUCCAAGUGCAGCACAAGGAUUAGGGAAGAUUACAAAGAGAAAUCCUACUUUUCCACAACUUCCACAGAAGCCUGUUGCCACAAGGAGAGAAUCAUCUAUAUCGAAGCAAUCAAAGGUACCUGGAAAACCUAGUCCAAUUUCAACUCUAUCAUCCAAGAGGGUGUCACUUGGUGAACAUCUCAAGGCAAAACGAAUAAUUGGUGGCAAUGUCCAUUCGGUGCCAAAAGCAUCUGUUGUUCAAGAUUCUCAUGGCAUUUUGCCUAAACCCUCUGUAUCAUACAAAUCCCCUUCAGUCCCGUCAUUAUCAUCCAAGACAAAAUCAGCAACUUCCACAUCUGCUGGAACUCUAAAGCCACCUUCAUCUCGCUCAGCUGUUAGUACUCCAUCAAAAAUUGCUUCAACAAAUAAGACUGAGUAUGGGCCUUCAAAUCUCUCAAGUUUGAUGUCUGUGAAUAAGCAUUCUUCUAGUAUUUCACCUGCUAGCUCUAUCAGUGACUGGUCUUGUGAGUCAUCAUCAUCAGCUUCCAUGGCUAAAAAUGUGUGUAACUCAAGGACCAGAAUUGAAAGUAGCUCUAGUAGACAGAUCUUAUCAGACACUGAUGUUGAGCGAACAAAUUCUCAGAAUCUUCAGAACGAUUCAAGCAUAGAAGGUUUGAAAAUUCAACAUACUAUGUUUGGCAGUUCAAGUGCUAGGAUUGCUCCCGGAGAAACUGUUUUUCCUCCAGCUCCUGUGAAACCUUCGGGUCUUCGACUUCCUUCACCCAAGAUUGGCUUCUUUGAUGGGGUUAAGUCAUCAGUGCGCACUCCACGUGGAGGAAUGCAACCACACUCUGUUAUACCUCGUGGCUUGCCAAAACAUGCAGCAAGAAAUCCAAGUGACAGUCAAAAGAAAGCAAAAACUGGAAAGCUGCCAGUGGCUAGAUCUAUCGUGUCAGCUGAAAACAUAGAACCCACUUACCAGCAAAAUUCACUUCCAGCUCCUCUUCAUGAAUCGUUAGAUAUUGAAAUGAAGAUAUCUAGUGCUUUGCAGAAUGUCAAAAGCUCUUCUGACACGCCAAAGGAAGUUCAAUUGGAACAACAUCUUACAAUUGGGUCAGGUGCUGUUGAUCUUAAAAAUGAUUUGCAUCCACUAGGUGUCCAUAACAAGGAAAAUGUUCAAUGUGAUUAUCAGAUUGAUUUUUUGAGCAAACAAGUUGGACUUAUGGACAUAAAUUUCCAGACACAGGAAAAGCUCACUGGUGAUUCUCUUUCUUCCUCCCAGAAUGAUACUAGAUUCCAAGAUAAAUCCUAUGGUUUGGAGCUAUCAAGUCGGAAGGAGCUUGUUGAUUGUCCCAAAAGGGAAGAAUCAUUAAAAAGUUCAGCUACUCCCUGUCUUUCAGUUUCCCAAACCAGCUUUGAACUUUGAUUUGGCGUUCUCAACAAGAGAACUUUUGAUGUCAAAGAUUCCUUGUGCAAUAUGGAUAGACACUCAACUACAGAUUUAUAUUAUGGAAGAAAGUAGCUAAUGUGAUUUAACGAAGUUGAAACUAUUUGAAAUUGCUGUUUGUUGCUAAAGGUGCAACUGUAGAAGUAUUGAUUUAUUGAUCAUUGAUGAUAUGUCAAAGUCAUUGAUAGAAAGUCUUUUUAUCAUAUUGGCUAUAUGCUUAACCAACGACUUGAAUUUGAUGGGUC